AUGUCUCCAGCAUCAAAGUCAAAGUCAAAGGACAAAAGGGCAGCUGCCAAGGACCCACCAAAAUCAUCCAAUAAAACCACCUCAACUCCAACUUCCGGUGGCGGCACCGCCGCCAACGGCUACAACCCCCUUCUCGGAACCUUCCAUGCACUCGAUAUAAACAACACAGACGAUCAUACCCAAAAUGCCCUUGGAGUCGAAUACGACUCCUUAUCCAACAACGGAAGCUGGUCCGGCGAAUCCGAAGACCACAAAGACAAAACCUCCGGCACCCCCUCCCGCCAUGAACCACCGCCACCGCCAGGUGUCGACAACGAUAAACGCGAAAAAAUCCGCCAAAAAAACGAAAAAAAACAUCAACGACAAAAAGAAAGACGCGCCCAAGAACUUCAUGAAAGAUGCAGCGGUUAUCUAAUGUCAAGAAAGCUCGAAGCAUUAGCUCAACAGUUAGUUUCAAUGGGGUUUUCUUCAGAACGUGCAACCAUGGCUCUUAUUUUAAAUGAAGGCCGAGUCGAACAAUCCGUCGCGUGGCUGUUCGACGGCGGUGAAGACUCCGACCACCGCGCCGCCGCCUCCGGCGGCGGCCACCUCAAAAUCGACAUAUCCGAGGAGCUCGCCAGGAUCACAGAAAUGGAAACAAAAUUUAAAUGCUCAAAACAGGAAGUCGAACGGGCGGUUGUCGCCUGUGAAGGCGACCUCGACCAGGCGGCAGAAACCUUAAAAUCUCAAAAACACGAACCACCUGCCGCCCCGAAAGUUGAAGAAUCCGGCGAACCACCUGCCGAACCGCCGAAGGCCGCCCCUACAACUUCACGAACGUUAUUAAAACCGCAGAAAAGUGAAGAUAAAGAUUUUAAUUAUACAAAAACGGUGAAUAUCGGGCCGCCAGCUGGCGACCCUGGAGUGAAAAGCUUGCAGUUGUUGAAAAAAAUUCCGGCGAGCUCCGAGAAGCGGUGGCCGGUGGCGGUUUCCGGAGCAAACCCUCCGCAGCCACCGAAAACCGAACUGAAAAGCCUCCAGCUCGGGUCAGUAAGGGAACCGGUUAUUGUAAUGCAGAGGCCUAAAUCAAAACCUAUACCUACAGUAAGCUCGUCAUCCUCCGAGUGGCACCCUACAGUAACUAACAUGAACCCUAACGGAUUCUCACAUAGCAUGCCCAGUUACGGGACAAGUGUCAACACACAAUUGUACGAUCAGUUUCACUACCCGCACCAGCACGCGGUGGAUAAUCAUCAUUUUAGUCAACAAAACGGGAUUAGCCAUAACCAUUUUAACAACUGUGGUAUCUGGAAUAGAAUGGGCGGUGUAAGUGGUGGCACCACCACUCCGCCGCUAGCUGCCGCCUCGUCUCUCGGGCUUUUCACCGGAUCAAACGGAUCUUCCGGGCCGUCGUCUCCGGUGGACUGGAAUGCCGGCGACUCGGUGCAGUUCGAUUACACAAACAUUGACUGGAGUUUGGAUCGGAUUCCGGCGAGGCCGAAUGGGAUGUGGAUGAAUUUGGGGUCGGCGGGGAACGGUGGUGAGUUUUAUUCGUCCGGGAAGGCUGCCACGAGACCGCCGGGGUUGCAUCCGGAGGUGGCGGUGGCGGUGGGUUCUGAAGCGGCGGCUGGUGGCGGCGGCGGUGGUCGUGAAUGGAGUUCUCCGUUUGAAGAGAAAGAGUUGUUCAGUUUCCCGAGACAGUUUGUGUCUUCACCCUCGCUGUAA